CCUGGCCUGCAUUUUGGAUUACCCUCUCCAGCUCCCACACCGCCAAGCAGCUGUGUUAGUCCUGUCUCCUGUGCUCUCAGGGUUCAUGGGCCACGCUGGGCCUGGAGUGUGUGUGGUGGCCCCCUUCCUCGUGUGUGACUGGCAGGGACACCUUGUGUGGCUUGGGCUUCCUCACAGCAUGGCAGUCUUGUUUUAGGAGCGACUGUCCCUGCAGAAGCCAGGUGGUAGCUGACUGGUAGUCUGUACCUGGCCUGGGGGCACCAGCCGCCAUCCUUCCUGGCGAGGUCCAGCCUGGCUGGGUCCCACGGAGAGGCCCGUGGCCAUCAUGCCCAAGGAGGGGCAUGCAUUGGGAGGUGGGGAUGUGGCCACCUGGGAGAACAGAAGUGGCCUUGAUCCAGUUUGAGGUCAGCUUCUCAGGGUGGGAGCAGGGCUGCUCUGGUGACCAGUAGGCGUGACCCUGUGACCUGAUGGUGCUUGGCGCCUUGAUUGUCCUGAGGCUCUGUGUGUGGCCUCAGCCCCCAGUGCUGCCCUUGGCCUCCAGGCCUACAGAUGGAGGUCUGUGGUGUGGGAGAGCUAAGUCAGAGCUGGACACAAUGCUGAGGGUGGGCUCACACCUGCGCGGGGGUCACUGGGAGGAGCUGGGGCUGCCUGUGGCCCCGGGAGCUGGCUGCUCCUGUGGGUCAGGUCCCCCUGCUGGCCACUGGCCCUGCUCUGUACUACUUCGCUUUGGAGUCUCAGAGGGCAAGUCAGCCUGGACCACAUCCUCAGACGCUUCGGGGAUCCUGUGUGUGCCACUGACCUGUCGCCCAGAGUGUGGCCUCACUGGGUGCUUCCCCGUGCUCAGCCCAGGCCCUUGGCAGGGGGAGCAGAGAGCCCACCCCUGUGGGAAGAGGUCUUCUAGGAGAUCCAGGAUCCCACCAGUGUGCUUUCCGUGAUUUCAUAGUGUGUGUGGCCGUGCAGGUGGCUGCGGGGCUGCCAGCCUCCUGGUUUCAAGGAGGGAAGCGAGGCCACCUUGGCUCCAGCUUUGUACACCAGGGCCCAAAGCCGGGGACGCCCUGCAGCUCCAGGUGUCCUGUGUUCCCUCCCUCUCAGACCCCCUGCUGUCCCUGCCAUCCCCUCCCUCUGCCUCUUGCGGCCCCCUGCCCCUGUGGAGUGCACAGUAUGGAGCCAUGUCCUCCCUGCUAGACCCGCAGGCUCCUGCCUUGGUGUCCAGGGCUCGCAGCCCGGUGUGAACCUGCAGGAUGGUGGUGUUGGGCCACCCAGCUCUCACCUGGGCUGUGAUGCUGGCUGGCGUGUGGUGCCAUCCUUCCUGCUUCUGCACGCAGGGACUCUGGAAGGGUUUGUGAGUGCCGAGUUUGAGUUGUGCCACGAACCUUACUGUGUGAGCCCAGAUAAGUGACCUGGCCUCUCUGAGCUCUGGUUUCCUGCCUUCUCUUGUGGAGAGGGUAUGUCUGUCUGUUUACCACCUGUAUGGUUUUCCUGAGGACCUUGUUUGUUUUUGUGGUACUGGGAUUGAACCCGGGGCCUUCACACGGAGACAUGUUCUGGCCCCUGUUCUUCUGACACAGCAUCUGCCCGGGCUGGGUUAGAAGUUGUGAUCCUCCUGCCUCAGCCUCCAAGAGCCUUAGGAUGGCAGCCACCAUACCCAGUUUAAUCUUAAUUUUGUGUAAUAUUCUAAUCUACCUUUAAAGGAGGCCACAGAAUUCCUCUGCUGUGCAGGGUGCUCCUUGGGACACGGACAGCCUGGUGGUCUUCAGUGCUUUCUGGAUUGUGUAACUGCUGGCACCAUCAAGGUGUGAGUGUUCUCACCGGCUCACGGAUCUUGCUGUGUAGCCCAGGCUGGUCUCGAGCUCCAGCUCUCAUCCUCCUGCCUCAGCCUCCUGAGUGCUGGAUCCCAGGCCUCCUCGUUGGGGAGGCAGAGUCCUCGUGUGGCCUCCUGCCUUGCACACAACCUGUGCCCCCGGGAGCCCGGCUUGCAGACGACGGCAGUGGUGUCCAUGGGCUCUGCAGACCCCCAGUUCAGCCUCGCUGAGAUCCUGACACAGAACUACAGCCUGCAGGAGACGUGCCCAGUGGCCUCGAGGGGCCCGGAGCAGCCCGCCGAGGAGCUGGACAAGGACUUCGCGGCCCAGAGCAGUGACAUGCCCCUGGAUGAGCUGUUCGCCUUCUACGGCUACGAGACAUCGGACCCCAUCUCAGAGCGGGAGAGCGAGGGCAGCGACCCGGCCCCCACUCUCCCGGACAUGACCCUGGACAAGGAGCAGAUAGCGAAGGACCUGCUCUCCGGGGAAGAGGAGGAAGAGACGCAGUCCUCGGCGGAUGACCUCACCCCCUCUGUCACCUCCCAUGAGGCCUCCGACCUCUUCCCUGGCCAGAACGGAUCCCGUUUCCUGGCUGGUGGGGACAAAGAGCCGGGCUCCUCGGCCUCCUCUGACACGGAGGAGGACUCCCUUCCCACCAACAAGUGUAAGAAGGAGAUCAUGGUGGGGCCACAGUUCCAAGCUGACCUGAGCAACCUGCACCUGGGUCGGCACGGCGAGAAGAUCUACGAGAACGAGGACCAGCUGCUGUGGGACCCCGGAGCCUUGCCCGAGCGGGAGGUGGAGGAGUUCCUGUACCGGGCCGCCAAGCGCCGCUGGCAGGAGGUGGCCGGGUCCCAGCUCCCGGCCGGGGAGGCUGUGAAGGACAGCGAGCAGGCGCUGUACGAGCUGGUGAAGUGCAACUUCAAUGUGGAGGAGGCGCUACGCCGGCUGCGCUUCAAUGUGAAGGUCGUCCGGGACGGGCUGUGCGCCUGGAGUGAGGAAGAGCGCAGGAACUUCGAGCACGGCUUCCGCGUGCAUGGGAAGAACUUCCACCUGAUCCAGGCCAACAAGGUGCGCACACGGUCGGUGGGCGAGUGCGUGGAGUAUUACUACCUGUGGAAGAAGUCGGAGCGCUAUGACUACUUCGCCCAGCAGACGCGGCUGGGCCGGAGGAAGUACGUCCCGUCCGGAACCACGGAUGCAGACCCAGACCUGGAUGGCAGCGACCCUGACGGGCCCGCCCGCGCCCGUGCUGAGCAGGGGCCCCUGGCAGGGGCAUGCGCAGAGUCGCUGAGGGUGGACUGUGCGGCUGGCAGUCACAGUGAGCCCAGAGACGAGUCCGAUGGCCUCCCGCCCUCCGAGUCAGGGCCCAGCCCUUUCCAGCAGCUGGAUGAGACUCCUGCUGUGCCUCCACCUCAGCAGCCCCAAGCCCUGGGCAACCUGGCCGAGUACCCGCCAGACACGGCCCCUCCGGAGCCAAGUGCCAGCCCGAGGCUGGCGGUAGACUUUGCCCUGCCACAGGAGCUACCCCUCCUCUCUAGCCACGUGGGGCUCAGCGAGGACCCCGAGCAGCCUGUGGCUCCCGCACAGGUGGCCUUGUCUGUGGCUGAGUUUGGACUCAUCGGCAUUGGGGAUGUGAACCCAUUCCUGGCUGGCCACCCGACCUGCCCCGCGCCUGGGCUGCACGCGGAGCCCCUAUCACACUGCAACGUGAUGACCUGUUGACCGCUGGCCCCAGGCGGGUGUGUGCGGCCUGGACUGGACUUGGCACUGUGUGGGGGCCUGCCUGUCCGACCUCCAGACCCCCGCCACGUGGGCCUGCGUGACUCCUUCUCUGCUUCCGGCAGCGUUGGGACCGAGGGCGGCAGCCUCGUCCCUCCUUACAGACUGGACCAGGGCCACACAGAGCCCGGCCUCGGGGCUCGGCACUGCCACUUGCUCCAGCCCAGCUUUGUGUCAAGGGACCCAGCGGCCUCGGGUGUGCAGGAGGCCCAACCCUCAGGACACGGGCAGAGCCGGCUACCAGGCCCCUGCAGCCAGCAGAGGCAGGGGCGGACUAAGCUGCCCAGGGAUGUGAGCACCACAGGCACCAGCAGCCUCUGCCCAGUGCAGCCCCGUCCCCCCCUGCCUGGCGGGGUUGCCUGGCCCCGGGGCAGUGGCAGCUGCUGCUGCUCCUACGGGCCGCGGGCACAGAGCCAUAUACCUCGCUGUUCCCGAGUGCCCGGCCAUCCCGACACUUCAGGAAAAGCCGCACUUUAGCUCCGCCCCCACCCCGCCCUCCUGUGGGAGUGGGGCCCCGGCGCCCCGCGGUGUCAGGAGCAGGUGACCCGCGCCCUGCUGCCGCCCCUGCCCCUGCACCAAGGCGGCUGCACCCCAGACCCCUUCCCCGUUGCCCGUGUUCUGUUGGAGGUGGCCGGGGUUCUGGGGUCCUGUCCUGCCACGGCCUCCAGGUUCUGUUUCUGUUCUGUUUACAAGCGGAGUGGGUCCCGGCAGGCCGCGCAGUGCUGGCCGGAGCCACCUGUACGGACUUAACUGUCCCUCGCCCCAAGGACCACACUGUGACGUGAAACUGCCUUCGCCCCUUCGCUGUUUUAUUUAUUAAACUUGAUUUGAAGCCCA